CUGGGUAAUUAGAAGCCUGGUCGGUGGUCCCCGUCUGUCUGCCAGCCGGAGGCGCUUAUGCGCGGUCGCACUCUCAAUCGCCCCUAUAAAACUGGGCUAUUGUCUCGCUGAAGUCAGACCGUCCUUGGCCAGCAAGCGAAGAUGAGCCUGACCCCCGAAAAUCACUCCAUCCCGCUGGUUGAUGGAAACCGGAUUCCCCUUAUCGGACUGGGCACGUACGGUGAUCCGCGCACCACACCUAAAGGCACUGCUUAUGAAUCGGUGAAGCUGGCCAUCAACAUCGGCUACAGGCACUUCGACGGCGCUCUGGUGUAUUUCAACGAGCAUGAGGUCGGCCAGGCCAUAAGGGAGAAGAUCGCAGACGGAACGGUGAAGCGGGAGGACAUCUUCUACUGCGGGAAGCUGUGGAACACCUUCCACCCACCAGAGCUGGUCAGACCCGCGCUGGAGAGGACCCUGAAGACCCUGCAGCUCGACUACGUGGACCUGUACAUCAUUGAACUCCCCACCGCCUUCAAGCCUGGAGACACAUUUUACCCCAAGGAUGAAAAUGGGAAGCACAUUUACGGAGAGACGGACCUCUGUGCCACAUGGGAGGCUCUGGAGGCCUGCAAGGACGCCGGGCUGACGAAGUCCCUGGGGGUGUCCAACUUCAACCGCAGGCAGCUGGAGCUUAUCCUGAAGAAGCCCGGCCUCAAGCACAGGCCCGUCUCCAACCAGGUCGAGUGUCACCCCUACUUCACCCAGCCCAAGCUGCUGGAGUACUGCCGGCAGAAUGACAUCGUCAUCGUGGGGUACAGUCCCCUGGGGACCUCCCGAGACUCCUCCUGGGUCAAUUUGAAAUGCCCGCCCCUCUUGGAGGACAGCCUCCUCGUCUCCAUCGCCAACAAGUACAAGAAGACCUCGGCUCAGGUGGCCCUGCGCUUCAACGUCCAGCGCGGCGUCGUGGUCAUCCCCAAGAGCUUCAGCCCGCAACGCCUCUGGCAGAACUUCCAGAUAUUUGACUUCUCCCUGACUGAGGACGAAAUGAAGGCCAUUGAAGGACUGAACAAAAACAUCCGCUUUGUUGAGCUCCUCAUGUGGAGUGACCAUCCAGAGUACCCAUUCCAUGAUGAGUACUAAGCCUCACCUUCAAUAAUUGCAUUCAAUACAAAUGCAUUCCGGUGCCAUUCAAGAUGUGCAAUGGUUCAGUGUAUGUUAAACACAAAUGACAGCACAGCUGUUUGAAUUGCUGCAGUUUAGGUAUACUAUAUUAUUCAAGUGAAUUGAGAUUUUUCCACAAUUUCGUUGCACCCCCACCGUGCAAUGACAAUAAAGUCUAUUCUGUUCUUCUAUUCUAUUUUUUAGCUAUUUUUUAAUAUCCAUCAGAUUACAAGGAUGACCAGUGGAUGAACUCAUAUUUUGAAUUGCACAAUAAUAAUUGAAUAUGCACAAUAGCCAUAUUCCUCCCUCACUUGUAAGGGAUUUGCUAUGGUUUUAAAAAGUUAUGCUGAUUGCGUGUCUGUGACAUUUGUGGACACUUUGUUGCUCACUAGCUACAGUUUUGAAAAAUAUCCACCGGGGGCAGCUCUAUGCCUUUAAAUUGAACGCUCGCAGUAGACAAGCACACAAUCCUCUUCAGAGCAGACAAAACGUGUAUUUUUUCCAUUAGUAUUCAUUGUCUUAUUUUUAAUAAUCGAAGGAAGUUUUUCAUCUGAACCUAUCACAUAAUUUUGAAAUUGAGUAAAGGGGUGAAUUUUGUGUCUCUAAAUACAGAAAAGAAAAUGUAUGUAUUCGUUUUAGUAUGCUACUAAUAACUACCUUCAUCACUGAUAAACUACACCUCAUUCAACGAA